AUGAUUAUUGCCUUUCAAAACUCGUCUGAAACCCUCUGGCUUCCAUUCUUCUCGUUGAAUGAUAAGGUCUACGAAUCCCCGAUUUAUAUCUUUUUCGCAGUUGUCCAGUUGAUCAUUUACAUCUGUACCGCCUAUAUCAUUGUCAGAACGUGCUCCAUAUUUCUCAGGAUUCGAGUUUUCCACGAGAACAAAAACUUCCUAAUGGCCUUCUUUCUGCUUCAAUGGUUUGAAGGGAUCCUCGCUAAAGCAGUGAUCCUUCCAUAUCAGAUCGGUCUGAUUGUCAUCGGAAAUGACACAGAGAAAUCGUAUUUUUCAUGGUGGAGUGUAGAUAAACAAGAUAUGAUAUUCAUAAGGAAUACCCAAGAAAUACUUCCUUUAUAUGUUGCCAGUUACGUCUUUCGUCAUUAUAUGUUUUCGAUGUUUUUUGGAAUUAUGGCGAUUGGAUGUGAGAGAGCUCUUGCUACUUAUUAUAUUCAAGACUACGAAUGUGUCCCCCGCCGUCAUAUCCCACUAUUCCUGAUCCUAUUCGUCAAUAUUGCCACUAUCCCUUACGUUUAUUUUGUGAUUCAUAACAAAAUCCCAUUCUUUGUAAUCUACAGUCACUGGGCUCUCUGUAUAAUCCUACUUCUUGUCGGGUAUCUUGUAAUACUUCGUAUCAACAUUAUAUUUCGAAACCAAUUGUUCAAAUGUGCCGACCAUCGGAAGUAUUCUCUAGCCAGGAAGUUUCAAGUGGAGGAAAAUAUUCGUAGUUUGACUAUAGCAAGAAAGUCGGUUAUCGUAAUAAUGAUCUAUAUUUUCCUAACGCUGUCAGUGUUCACGUGUUUGAUGAUGGGAGUUUUCGAAGAAUACAAAACAGUUUUCGUGCAUAUUCUGGAGAAUUUUAUAGUUUUACCUGCUCCAGUGGUGAGCAUCUCUUUGCUCUGUUCGUCUCGAGCAUUCAAAGAGGAAUUUCUGAGAAAACUUCCGAUUUUUGGGAGUUGCAGAGGUGGAUCCAGAGUCGACAAUUAUGACUUCCGUCAGAAACAAUCGAUUGUUUCCGAGUCGGAAGUUUAUUUUGAGCAAUUAAAAAAUUCUUGGAAUAGUUGA